AUGAAUAAAUAUAUUUUAAUUAUUACUACUAUCAUUUCAUUAAAUAUCUGUUUGGCUUAUUCCGUAGCUACAGAGAUUAUGAUAGAUGGAUUAGCCAAUGCAUUCACUGACCACGAGUUGAACAACGCUUUCAACAUUGAAAUACUUAAGCAUCUUCAGGCCAAUUAUGACCAUAGCCAUCAAGUCGACUUGGAUCCAACCACCUUACUCUUUAGCGCUAACGACCAUCAUUCAAUUAAAUCGAUCAUUGGUGGUAAAUCACUAGCUAAAAACAAAGAAAUCAUUCAUCAUUAUCAUCAACAAAGAAAAUCAAUUAUCUUGGUUGAUGUAGAUCAAGAAUCAAAAUCAAUUAUUUGUUCUAUUAUUAAUGGUUGUAGUAAAGUUGGUAAUCAUAGAGUGAUGGCUUUCAUUCCUAAGAAAACAUCAAUGGGUAUCUCUUAUCAUGUUGUUUUUAAUUGGGUUGAACAACAGCAAAGUGGUGAGCUUGAAUCUCGUUUGGUUGGUAAUAACAAUGUUACUUUUGUAAAGUUGGUCGAUGAUGGUGAUGAUCAACAAGUCAGCAGUGAACCAAUAGUUAAACAUCUAGUUGGUAAACUAACAUCGAAUGGAGAUGAUGAUGGUCCUGUUCCCUCGCUUAUCCCACCAUCAAACACCACCAUACCAUUCGGAUACAUUCAAACCGUCGAGGUAUCGCAAUUCGCCAUAACCAUCGCUGGAAGUAGCUACAACGGUCAACAACAAGUAUUCUCUCGUCGUCUCGACAACAACUAUUACAUCUACAAAGAUAACGUCAAUAAGAUUAAUAAUUUCGCUUUAAUUCAAAAUGGAUUUGUAUAUCCUGGUAGUUCUAUGAUUGUUAAUGAUCCGAAUAAUGCUUUGGGAUUCUCUCAGUAUCAAUUCUCUUUUAAUAAUGAGAUGACUUACAAUGGUGAACCGUUGGAUACAAACUUUAAUUUGCAAUCGACUUCGCCACCAACUGUCGACCAAACACACGUCAUUACCAAUGUGGAGACUACCUCUACAACCAUUACUAUCAGUUUCAGUAUUGAUUCGAGCACUGGCAGUGGCGGUGGUAGUUAUUCAGAGACAUGGACUGAGAAGACAUCGUCGACACAACAAGUCUCAGACUGGGGUGUGAAUGAACAAACCGAUCCGGCAUCGAUGUCAACCGGUUGGGUCUAUCACCAACAGUUGCCAACUGACAUCUAUACUCUCGGCUACUUGAACUUUGGUACUUGGUGGGCAGAAGCAUACGACCAAGGACAAAUCCGUCCACUCGAGCCACUUUCCACCUCGACACUCCAGACAUCGACAUCAUCUGUUUGGAGUGUAGAUUCCAGCUUGAUUGACCCUACCACCGACGAACUUGUCUUGGAUAUCAACCUUAGUACUCUCCACUGUGCUGCUCUUAUUGCCAAUCCAGGUUUCUUUGAUAGCCACCACAAAUUGGUUGUUGCAUCGAAUCCAUCUUCCUUAGGUCAAUCAAUCAAUGUAAACUAUUUUAACUUUAACACCAAAUCAACUAGACAACAACAACAACAAUAA